CCAAUUGCCCGCUUUCAAUUCAGUUGCCGCUGAGUUUUCAACCGAUUCAAUUCGAGACCGCAAACAACACUCAAAACAUAUUCGCCAGUCACCGCCUGAGAAAUCGCUGCUUAGCCAUGGACAUAUUGAGGAGCGAUGUCGAUUGCGGCGAGUCCGAAAUUGCCAAGUUCUAUGCAAACAAAACUAUCCUUAUUACCGGAGCCACUGGUUUUAUGGGAAAAGUUCUGGUGGAGAAAUUACUACGAAGCUGUGGCGAUCUGAAUGUUAUAUAUCUAUUGAUACGCACCAAAAAAGGAGUCGAUCCCAGUGUUCGCAAGGAGCAGUACUUCAAGUGUGUGAUCUUUAGCAAACUGCUGGAGAAGAAUCCCGGCAUCGUGGACAAGGUGCGCGUGGUAAAGGGCGAUCUGCUGGAGCCGGACCUUGGCCUAAGUGCCAAUGACACCAACACACUCGCCUCCAACGUCGAGGUGGUGUUCCACUGUGCCGCCAAUGUGCGCUUCGAUCAGCCGCUGCGUCCCAUGGUCAUGAUGAACGUGGUGGGCACCCUGAAGGUCCUCCGGCUGGCGGAGAAGAUGAGCCACCUGCAGGCCCUGGUGCACGUGUCCACCUCCUACUGUCAGUGCAACGAGAGUGUCCUGGAGGAGCGGGCCUAUCCGGCGCCACAGAACCCCUUCUCCAUCAUCGAAAUGGUGGAGACGAUGGACGACGCCGCCCUGGCGGAGAUCACACCCAAAUUGUUAAACGGCUUGCCGAACACGUACGCUUACAGCAAGGCACUGUCGGAAGAUUUAAUUUGCAGAUACAACAAUAAGCUGCCCAUAAUCAUCACAAGGCCCUCGAUAGUAACGGCCGCCAUUCACGAGCCAUUGCCCGGCUGGAUCGAGGGCGUCAAUGGACCCACCGGCCUAAUGAUCGGAGCCGCCCGCGGGGUCAUCCGAUCGAUGCACUGCAACCCGGACUACGCCUCCACAGUGAUACCCGUGGACAAGGCCAUCAACGGAAUGAUCCUGUGCGGCUAUCAGAGGGGAAGGACCAGUCAGGAGAAGAAGGAGGGCCAACAGAGUUCGGGCGUGGAGUUCUGCAACCUGUGCAUCUCCAGCAAGGCCUUGAUGUCCUGGGGCGACAGCAUUGAGACGGGUCGCCGAUUCUUCUACGAAACGCCCCUCAGUUUCGCUCUCUGGUAUCCGGGGGGAUCCAUCAAGAAGAACUACUACCACCACCUCUUCUGCGUCAUCUUCUUCCACUAUCUUCCUGCCUACUUCAUCGAUUUCUGGUUGCUCGUCUUCGGUCAAGAGCCCUUCUUGCUGAAUGUGCAACGCAAAGUGUCAAUGGGUCUGAAGCUGCUGCAGUACUACACGACGAAAGACUGGGAGUUCCGCAACGAGCGGUUCCAGGAAAUGAGCAGUCAGCUGAACGCCCUGGAUCAGGACAUCUUCGACACCUCGGUGGGCCAGGUGAACUGGGAGACGUACAUCAGCAACUACAUCGUGGGCAUGCGUACCUAUAUCCUUGGCGAGAGCGAGGCCACCUUGCCGCAGGCCCGCAAAGUCCUGCGCCGCCUCUACAUCCUCGACUGGGUCAGCAAGAUACUGUUCUGGUCCCUGAGCUUCUGGUUCCUGUGGACCCACCUGGAUGGCUUUGUGGAGCGCGGAGAUGCCUUCAUCCGAUCCUCCCUCAGCAAUAUUUACCACGAACGCAACAGCACCAUACACGCCUAAGUUCUUUUCUAACUAUGUAAUUAUGUACUUCAAAUAUAGUCCGCAAGAUUUUGUUUGUUUUAAGUCAA